CAAGGAGAUUGUCUAUCAAUGAAGUAGUAAAAGGAGGGGACGUCUGUGGCAGAAGAGAAGGGAAAGCUUUUUUUAAGAAGUCUUUUAUAGACUGUUUGCUUUGGGUGGGUUCCCUUCUUUUAUUUACUUGAUUCCAGAGGUGACCAAUACACAAAUCGUAGAAAAUGAAGUUCAUCAUUGGCAUAGGAGGAGUGACCAACGGUGGGAAGACCACUUUGACAAAAAAACUGCUGAAGACAUUACCCAACUGUUGUGUGGUGCAUCAAGAUGACUUUUUUAGGAAACCCAAUCAGAUAGAAGUCGGGGAGGACGGCUUUAGACAGUGGGAUGUGAUCAGCGCCCUGGACAUGGAGGCUAUGGUCAACACUGUGAAAGGCUGGCAGGAGAACCCCGUCAAGUUUGCCCGCUCCCACGGAGUGAGCCUGUCACCUGAAGCUGGGGAAUGCAACUCGGAGGAGGGGAUCCAUAUUCUUGUUGUGGAGGGGUUUCUCAUCUACAAUUACAAGCCUCUAAUUGACAUCUAUGACAAAUGUUUCUACAUUUCCAUUUCUUAUGAGGAGUGCAAGAGGAGGAGAAGUACAAGGACAUACACACUCCCUGACCCCCCUGGCCUGUUUGACGGUCACGUCUGGCCCAUGUACUUGAAACACAGGAAAGAGAUGGAGAACAACUGUGGCAAAAUAGAGUACCUUGAUGGGAUGACCUCGAAGGAACAUAUCUACAACAAAGUGUAUGAAAGUGUUCAGAACUCCCUGCUGAACAACUUAUAGCAGGACCGGGGAACAGUGGAUUCCUGUAUAGACUUGUAAAUAUUAUUUUGAGUAAAUGUGUAACACCAGUUCUGUACUUCAAGCCUGAUUUGUAAAUAGUUAAUCCUUUUGAGGAACUAAUGGCAGAAGUGUUGUGUUUUGUAUAGUCCUGUGUAACGUUUUCUAAAGAUAAGACACCUCUAGAUUGCCCAGUGAUUUACAUCAGGGACUCUGAUCUUGUAUAAAACCCCCACUAGGAGAAAGGAUCUGUGUCUCACAACUAAAUGAAAUGAUUGAAUCCAA